AUGGAGACAGAUGCCAUUGACUCAGUCUUUGCAAAAUUGGAUCAAAUGGAGGUUGACAAUGACAUACAUACUGAAAGUUCAGUCAAUUCUCCAAACAAUUAUGCAAAACCAGAGUCUUUCAAGUAUCGGGUUGAUAACAUUUCCGUAAAAGUUGAAAAGCUUCGGCAAAGAGUCGAUGCGAUAGAGCUGUCGAGUACGGCUGAAAGUAGCUCAGCUGUGAAGCACAAAGAGAAAAAUAUCCAAAGUAUUUUGAAGAAGCAGCAGCUGGAUAUCCAAAUUAUUAAGAAGAAGCAGCAGCAGGAUGCUUGGGAAGCAGCUGCUGAGAAGAGAAUGCAAGGACUUAUGCGCCUCUUUGGCUCAAUAUUUCGUGAGAUUAGAAAACAUCAGUACGCAUGGGUCUUUGCUUGCCCUGUAGAUGCAGAACGUCUUGGUUUACAUGACUAUUACAAGGUUAUUGAGAAGCCAAUGGAUUUCGGAACAAUUGAUAAUCGAAUGAAAGCCAACAGAUAUAAAAACGUUCGGGAGAUGUGUGCAGAUAUGAGGCUAGUUUUCGAAAACGCGAUGAAAUAUAAUGAUGAGAGACAUGAUGUUCAUGUUAUAGCCAAAACUUUGAGGGAGAAAUUUGAGGAGAAGUGGCUGGAGCUUCUUCCUGAAGUUGUUAUUGAAGAGGAAAGAUGGCUAGGACUGGGGGACGCAUGCAGCAGCAAUGUGAUAAUGUAG